CGGGAUUUUCUUCACAUAGCAAUGGCUAGCCGUUUUCCCCAGUAUUAUAUACUUUGCUAGCCUAGCUUGGUAGUGAGCCGGGCAAUUUAAUCCGCAAGCUAGCUAAGCACAUAGUUAUUUAGCGAGCUAGAUGGCUAUAUUGACUUUCAAUUACAAGCUUGUUGCAAGGCCAGCAAAGCCCAAUAUAACCUAGGCAGCCAGCCUAACUAAGUUAGCUUGGAUGGAUAGCAACCCAGUAUAGCCUAGCCAGGAUGCAGUUGAUUCCCAGCACGAUAGCCAGAGUCAUUGGUUACUAGUUAACUAGCUAACUAAUGAAACUAGAAACCGGUACAACAUUCACUCGCUUGAUUAUUGAUAACGAGUAUCGUUAGCUAACAUGAUGUUGGCUAGCUAUUAAUUCACUGGACCAUAGGGACCACGGCAGCUUCCCGUACAGAAAGCACCAAUACCAUUGAUUCAGCGCUUUGAAAGCAUUGCCUCUGGCUUUGAUAGUAAAGAAAACGGUGUCCAUGGUUUAUGAAAUCAAGACAUCCAAUAACUUCAGAGAGCUAUCCUGCAGAGUCAUUGCUGUGACCCGAUAACAGAUUGCCGUACUCCAGGUUCAGUGCCCUGACCCCUGGCAUGCCUCAGUGAACGCCCCUGGUAACGGCCUUCCCCAUGGACUCCAGCAACGAUGUGGCCCUGGACAUCAUCAUCACCAACGUUGUGGCCGUGUUUCGAACGCGCUGCCAUUUAAACCUGCGCACCAUCGCGCUGGAGGGCACAAACGUCAUCUACAAGCCAGAGGUUGGGAAAGUGCUGAUGAAGCUGAGAAAGCCCAGGAUCACGGCUUCAAUCUGGUCCUCAGGAAAAAUCAUUUGCACAGGAGCUACAAGUGAAGAAGAAGCAAAACACGGAGCUCGUAGGCUGGCCCGCUGUCUGCAGAAACUAGGCUUCAAGGUGAAGUUCACAGAAUUCAAGGUCGUUAACGUGUUGGCCGUUUGCUCAAUGCCCUUUCAAAUCCACCUGAUCGAGUUUACGAAGAGCAACCGCCCCAUCGCCAGUUAUGAGCCUGAGCUCCACCCUGCUGCGACGUACAGGAUCAAAAGCCUGCGAGCAACGGUACAGAUCUUCUCCACCGGCAGCAUUACAGUAACAGGACCAAACGUCCAGCAGGUGGCCACGGCGGUGGAGCAGAUCUACCCUCUGCUGUUCGAGUGCCGGAAGCCGGCCAGAUAGACGCUACGCUGCUGUUUUUAACGUGGACGCACCGGAGAGAGCGAGCCCACACGGGCGCAGAACCUGCUGCUGCAGCGGCCGCUACGGAGUCACACCUUCAGCCUGACCGCACCGCUGGCCACGCCCGUCCGGUGAUGUCAUCGCUGGCCACGCCCGUCCGGUGAUGUCAUCGCUGGCCACGCCCCUCCGGUGAUGUCAUCACAGGCCCUGCCCGUCCGGUGAUGUCAUCACAGGCCACGUCCUGUUUGGCGAUGUCAUCACAGGCCACGUCCUGUUUGGUGAUGUCAUCACAGGCCACGCCCUGUUUGGUGAUGCCAUCAAGUAUUCGUUAUUCAGAUGUCAAUGGUAAAAAAAAAAACCUGCUAUGACAUCACUGAUGUCAGGUGUGGCCAGCGAUUUCAACCAAUGGGGGGGGUGUUGCAAUGGCAGUUUUCCGCUUUGGGUGUGUCCCAAUACUGAAAAAAAUGUCCUCCUUUCCUCCUCAUCUCCUCCCCCCAUCCCGGUGGGGGAAACGAGGACGUGUUUCUAAGUAUCGGGACGCCCCCCCCCCCUCCCGUGUUCACUCGCUCUUUAUAUCCCUGGAUGUUUUCUAAGCUUUUAUCAUGUGAAAUAGUCCCCGUCAGUGUAGAGCCUAACCCUAACCCGUUUUUAUUUUUUUGGGGGUGUGCGCGUGUAAAAGAAGGUUCCGGAGCCGCUCCGUCGCGCACGGCCGACCCCCCCCUGACCGCGCCCACUCCGUUUCCACGGCGACGCCUCCGUGCAGCGUGCAUGUGAAGUUUCCCUCCGUUCUUGCGUCGUCAUGUUUUAAUGCAUGAGCACCAAAGAAAGAUUUUUUUUAAAAACAUACCGGUCUCAAACACAAAUUCACCAGAGCUGGGAGACUGAUGCCUCUUUACCGUUACUGGAGUAAAACGGGGGCGCCGAAAAUCGGCCGUCCCCCUCUAAUCGGGGACUGAUUUAAACGUGACGCACCAGGCGAGCGUAAUCUCUGGCCAGCCGCCACUGGUCUCUGGACUGUCGCGCAGAAGAGGACCAGCCAGCAGGACUGACGUCAGUCUCCCUGGUGUGCAGCGUUGAGUCGGAGAGCCCGUUCUACGCAGUCAUACUUCAAUGCCUUUACUGAACAGUGUAAAUAUGCUGUAGACUCGAGUGCGGUCCCUGUCACUCCACACUUGUUGAAAUGAACGUUGCGCAACUGGCGGG